AUGUUCUCGGGCUCCAAUUCUUUCCUGGGCGGCGCCAACCAGGGCCGUCCAGGCCAACAGCAGUAUGGACAACAGCAGCCACAGCAGAACUUCGCCGGCUUUGGCCCCCAGCCUACAGGCUACAUGCAGCCGCAAUACACCGGCAUGCCCCCCAUGCAGCAGCAACAGCAACAGCAGUCGCUACAACCUCAGGCCACUGGCUUCCCUCCUCAGCAACAGCAGCCUCAGCAGAACCAGUUCCAAGGAGGUCUCAUGCCUCAAUACACCGGCUUCCCUCCCCAGCAGCAACAACAGCAGCAGCAGUUCCAGUCGCCUCAGCAGACAGCUGCUCCCCAACAGCAACCCCAGCCCACUGGCAUGACCUCGUCCCAAAUCGCCGACUCGUUCCGCUCCACUCCUGCUCAGCAGCAGCCCCAGCCUCAGCAGACCUCGGCCGCUUCGUCUAAGAUCCCCAACAUCCGUCUGUCCUUCAUCACUGCUCAGGACCAGUCUAAGUUUGAGCAGCUCUUCAAGUCUGCCGUCGGGAAUGACCAGGCUCUCUCUGGCGACAAAGCCAAGGAUCUCCUCCUUCGCUCAAAGCUCCCCGGCGAUGCUCUGUCCCAGAUCUGGAUGCUUUCCGACACGACAAAGUCUGGCCAAUUACUCUUCCCCGAGUUUGCCCUGGCCAUGUACCUGUGCAAUCUGAAGCUUACCGGAAAGGAUCUUCCUGCUCAGCUACCCGAAAGAGUCAGGAACGAGGUCUCUAGCAUGGUCGACAUCAUUUCUUUCGGUGUGGCCGAUGCUCAGCCAGCUGCCCAGUCAUCCAGCAAUGCCCCCAGCUUCCCCGAUGUGCCGACUAUCCAGGCCCCUCAACCUCAGCCUUCAAGUAGCCAGCUGCUCUCUCAGCUGAAUCCCCAACCUACUGGCUUUCAGCCUCAACCCACUGGUUUCCAGCCUCAGCCUACUGGCUUCCAACCUCAGUCUGGUGGCCUCCAGCCUUUCCAGUCUCAGCCUACUGGUCUGCAACCUCAACAAACUGGUUUCCAAUCUCAAGCGACAGGAUACACUGGCCCUCGUCCUCCAAUGCCUCCAAUGCCCACCGGCUUUGGCCAAGGCCUUUCACCUCAACCCACUGGCUUCCCUAUGGCGCCACUCAAUGCCCAGCCUACUGGCCGUCCUGGCCAGUGGGGUCUUGUGAACGCCCCAGCCUCUGGUCUGCCCAACUUGCAGGCUCUUCAGCAGCAGAUGAUGCCUCAGCCUGGUCGCGAGACUGGUUUCAGCACUGCUGGGCUUCGUGGUAACGCCACUGUUCCCUGGGCCAUCACCAAGGACGAGAAGAAAAUCUACGAUGAUAUGUUCAAGGCUUGGGACGGUUUGAGCAGAGGCGCCAUUAGUGGUGCCACAGCCAUUGAAAUUUUCGGCCAGAGUGGUCUCGAAAAGGACGAUCUAGAAAGAAUUUGGACCUUGUCUGAUCCUCACAACAGGGGCAAGUUGAAUCUGGAUGAGUUUGCUGUCGCUAUGCAUUUGAUCUACCGCAGGUUGAACGGCUACCCCGUGCCAGCCAAGCUUCCUGCUGAGCUGGUUCCUCCAUCUACUAGAAACAUCAAUGAUGCCAUUGGAACCAUGAAGUCGCAUCUUUCCCAAGACGCACAAUCGAGAAGAAGCACCGGCGCAUUCUUGCAGCCUCAGAAGACUGGUGUGAGCUACCUCAAGAACCAUUCUUUCGCUGGCGCAGGUGCAAGUAUUGCCGGUCCCCGUAAGGACGCGACCGUGUACAAGAACAACGACGAAGAUGUUGGCUACCGCUCGUCCGCACGCCGUCGCACCGGUGAUACUGGGCGUACCGCUUCUCCUGCCCAGGACAAGCCUGUUGAAGAAAUGUCUGUUGAUCAGCUGAAGAAAGCUAUCCGCGAGAAACAAGUUCUUCUCGAUGCUAUGGACUUUGAAGACGAGGGUAGAGCCGACGAAGAGGACGCCCUGGAUCGCAAAGAUCGCAAGGAGGCCGAUGACCUCUACAGACGCAUUCGUCGUAUUCAAGAAGAUAUUGAUGGCCAUCCCAACUCCGGCUUCCGUACUACCGACUCCGAUGCCGAACGUAGAACCCUCAAGAGACAACUCCAAACUCUGUCCGACCGCUUGCCCGAAUUGGCCUCUCAUGUCAGACGCUGCGAAAGAGCUAUCGCAGAUGCACAACUCGAAUUGUUCCGCCUCAAGGAUGCCAAAGCCAACCCCAGCUCGGCUCCAGCAAUUGUUGGCACCGGACCCGGUGGCGCUGUGACAGAAUCCGAUCGUCUCAAGGCGAGAGCCAGAGCUAUGAUGCAAGCUCGUUCGGCUGCGCUCACAGGCAAGCCUGCUCCCGCUGCUGCUUCUGGUGACGACGGUGCAGGCGCUGCUAAGAGAUUGGAGGAUGAAAGUAACCGUGUUCGCCUUGAGAGGGAAGAAAACGAGAGAAUGGUUCGUGACGUCGAAGACUCUGUCACGGAGUUCAGCAGAACCAUUGAGUCUAGUUUGAAGGAGGGUUCCGAAGAUGCUGCCACUGAACACGAGAGAAGAAGAUGGGAAGAUGGCCUUGGUGUUGAAGAUGAAGUGAAAGAUUUUAUCUUCGACAUGCAACGAAGCAGCAGAACCGCUCGCAUCAGAAAGGACGAGACAUCCAACCCUCGCGAUCGUGUUGCUUCGCCUCGCGCUGAAGAGGCUAGUCGCAGUAGCAGUAACGCCCGUGUGGAGAGCUCUGCUGCAAGAAGCGAGACACCCCGUGGCGGAGGCUCUUACAACACCUACAAGACUGCCGAGGACCGCGCUGCCUUCAUCAAACAGCAAGCAGAACAGCGUAUGGCCGAACGCCUUGCUGCUCUGGGUCUGAGAGCGCCUACAAAGCCUGGAGAGUCUGCGCAGCAACGCCAGGAACGUGAGCGUAAGGAGCGUGAAGAUCGUCUGCGCCAGGCAGAGCAGGAAGACGCUCGCAGAGAAGAAGAGAGACAACAGAGGUUGGCUGGAGAAAGCAUCGCUCCUCCCACUGCAGAGAAGUCUCUAGGAAAGAAGGCCCCACCCGCACCCGCACCUCGCAAGAACCGUGGCGACUCUGUUGGCAAACAAGAAGAGCAACAAGCCAAGGCUGAGGCUCAACGUUUCGAGCAACAACAGAUGGAACAGGCAAUCAAGGAGCAGCAGUCAGCCCAAGCAUCCGAAACCAGGGAACUCGAAGACGAAGAGCGUCGACAAGAAGAGGAGCUUCGCAAGGAACGUGAGGCUGCUGCCGAACGUCUUCGUGCACUUGAAGAGCAAGUGCGCCAAGGCAAGCUCAAGAAGGCUGAAGAAAAGAAGAAGAGACAGGCAGCUUCCAAGGAGGCCGAGGAGAAGGAAUCUCGUCUUGCUGCACAGCGGGCCGAGAUCGAAGCUGCCAGGGAGAGAGAGCGACAGUUGCAACUGCAGCUUGAGAAUAUGAACGAUGACAGCUCCGACGAAGACGACGGCCCUCAAACUAUCACCCCCAUGGAAAGCACGCCCGCUGCUAGCCAAGAGCUUCAAAGGGAAGUGUCUCCAGCUCCUCCGGCCGAGGCCGCACCCGCACCACCAAGCGCUCCUGCCCCUCCACCAGUGCCUACCACAAUCGUCAGCCCACCAGAGGAGUCCAAGAAUCCGUUCUUUAGAAGCAUGAACCAACCUGCGGCACCUUCUACAAGUAUCGCAUCGCCAGCUGUUAGUGAUGCCGCCUCUACCAACCCCUUCCACCGCUUCACUCAGCAAGAUACCAGCAAGACUGCUCUACCCGAGCCUGCCGCACAAUCGGCUCGUCGCACAGCCAAGCCUGCUGAUGACGACGAUUGGUCUGUUGUUGACUCCGAGUCUUCUGACGAAGACGAUGACGCACCCACUGGUGGCAGCGCCAAACAGCUCGCGUCAAUGCUAUUUGGUACCAUGGCACCGCCACGCCCACUAUCGGCCAUGGAUUCGCCUGCCUCCAGCUCGCCCGCACCCCCUGCAUCGCUGCCACCCCUUCCCCCACCGACACCCGACGUGCCACCACCGCCCCCAAUGCCUGAGGGUGGUGUUGCUCCUCCAGCUCCCCCACCACCGCCACCAAUGCCUUCGACUGGCGCUCCACCACCUCCUCCGAUGCCCACCGGCGGCGCACCACCACCGCCCCCUAUGCCUUCAGGCGGUGCACCUCCCCCACCUCCUAUGCCUUCCGCACCUGCAGCAGGAGGCGCCAGACCCAACAUUGGUGGUCUCUUAGGAGAGAUUCAACUGGGCAAGGGACUCAAAAAGACGGUGACAAAGGAUAGAAGCACUUCGUCUACCGCGGGUCGUGUAUUGGGCUAGAGUUGAUUGUGUUCCUUAUCGUCAUUUUGUAUCCAACCUUUCUUGUUUGACCUUAGUGACUUGUCUGUUUUCAAAGUGUCUUGAGAUAGUAAAUAGUAGAAGUAGCUGAGGCCAGCUAGUAAUUUGAGAAACUAUAUAUCUGUCUCGUGUUGAGGUUGAUAUAAUAUCCUUCUC